CCCACCUUCCCCUUCCAGCGGGAGGGCAGCCGCAUCUGGGAGCGGGGCAAUCUCCUGCUGCGGGACCUGCCUAGCCCCCUCCCCACCAAGAGGACCAGGACGUACUCGGCGACAGCACGUGCCUCCGCCGGCCCCAUCUUCAAGGGCGUCUGCAAGCAGUUCUCGCGCUCCCAGGGCCAUGGGUUCAUCACCCCCGAGAACGGCACAGAGGACAUUUUCGUCCACGUGUCCGACAUCGAGGGGGAGUAUGUCCCGGUGGAGGGGGACGAGGUGACGUACAAGGUCUGCCCCAUCCCUCCCAAGAACCAGAAGUUCCAGGCGGUGGAGGUGGUCCUCACCAACCUGGCGCCCCACACGAAGCACGAGACGUGGUCUGGCCAGAUCAUCGGCUCCUAGGCGCCUGGGGGCCCGCCAGCCGCCCGGCCCCACAGAACAAGCCUGCCCGGCUGCUCAUGGGGGACACGGCGGGAGCCAAGGUGGCAACGGGGCCGGGGCUGUCCCCCAAACACGCAGGCGUUUGCGUUCGGUGUCUUUUAUAAGGUUACAGUUUCCUUUCUCUGUGUGUGUUUGUAAGUGUCUGUCAAGGGGGACAGGGGGAAGCAGAGCCCUCCCCUGCCACUCCCCAGCUCCAGAGGCAGCA